AUGACUGAAGAAACCCUGGAAAUUGAGCAGCAACUCGACAAAUUGUUGACUGAUAUCCAACCAAAUUUACAAGAUGUUAUCAAGAGGAGUUUUACCAAUGUUGCAAUACAACAAACCAAAAAUGGUGAACAAAUCAAAACAGACGUUCUGGAAGAUACUUCAUACUUUGCUAAAAAUACUCAGGUGACAUUAUCUAGAUUAGAGCUAGUUAAAUCUCCAACAUUCCACAUGCAAUCAGUAUCCCUAGAUCUGAAGUCAAUGUCCCUAUCAUUAAAAUGCUCAUUAGGGGAAGUAAAUGUAAGAGGGCUCUACAGUGCUUUUAAUGAAAACCUAUACAACCUUAUUCCUGUUAUGUCAGAAGGUCAUCUUGUAAUAUCAUUGUCAAACAUGAUUGCAGAUGUAAAGGUGGGCUUAGUUCUAGUAGAUGACGCAUUUUCGUUUAUUAACCCCGCUAUAGAAUUUAUUCACGACGAAGUUCUUGUAAAGUUGUCAUGGCCAUCACCACAAAGAAAUGGAGGAUAUGAAUUCACAACCACAGAGCAACUGGCAAAACAUAUAGAUGAUUUACCGCUAACAGCUGCAAUAUCUCUGGCGUUAUUCGCCCUCCUGAGACAGAAAUUGCAGCGACACCUGGAGAAAGUGCUUUACCAAGCUACCAGCGUGUCGGACGUAGUGGGGUGUAAUCCUAGUAUGUUGGAAGCAUAUAGCGCAAUGGUGAAUAAAUUGAGUGAGAGUGGAAAUCGAGUGAUCGAUAUGAUUUUGAUCAACAUGCGACGUACCCUCCUUCAGACGUGUACUGAAAUUUUGGAACUACCCCCACUUCAUGCUACCUUUUUACAUAAGAUAGGUUCAGUAUCGUUUGUUGGUAAAUUUGAAACGGAAUUGGGUUGGGUGAAGAAUUUAGCGAGUAUAAAUCGGGUAAAUGAUGUCACAGUGACACGCCCAGAUCCUGGGAGAACAUGUUUCCAUGUCACCCUCAAGAUCAAGGAUUUGCAGAUUGGUUACGACGAAUAUAGGGUGAAGGCUUUGGGGGUAGGUUGUACGGGUCGAGUAGUUUCUUCGUUCAGUGAUAACUCCAUACACAUGGCGUUAUGCGUGGGUCUGGCUCGCUGGGAGCCCUAUGCACAGCUGGAUGACUUGCGAGUGCAUCAUUGCGGGGGAAUGGAUAUGCACAUAACUGGCCUGGGUCCGCUAAGCGGAGAGUUGAAUUCGGUUCGGGGAUGGAUACGCGGCGCUGUCCGUGCGCACGCGCAGCCCGCUAUUGACGCGCAAUUACAACACGAAUUACGUACAGCACUCACUGAGUUACCGCUCACUGAAUUAAUAAGAGAGGCUCAGACUUAG